UCAUUGCGUAUUGCAUUACCAAGCAAAGACUCAUGAAAUCACUAGGAUGUCUGGAGAUUUCAGAGCUUCUUCUCAAGUAUGCGGUGACUGCUGGUGGCUUUCUGCCUUAAGCACCAGGAGAGAAUGCUCCAAUGGAGAGGUUCCAGAAACUCAUUUUACUUCCUCUCAUCUUAACUGCCUCACUACCAGGUCUUGGCUUUUGUUACUCUAUUAUACAUGGCCCUAGUAAUGCAACAGUCCUUGCUGGUUCAGAAGCCCGGUUUAACUGCACGGUGUCAGAAGGAUGGGUAAUUAUCAUUUGGCUGUCCAAUGGAAACCCUGUCCUCACUGUCAUCAAUUCUCAAGGAGCUGUUGAAACAUCAGACCGCUUCACAUCUCAAAAUUAUACCAGUAGCAGUGAGUUUACCUCGGAGCUGAUCAUCCACAAAACCCAGCUGAGUGACUCUGGAAAAAUCGAAUGCAGCAUCCAGCAAACUAGUGAGAGUGGCGUUGCAUUUCUUUCUGUUCAAGUUAAUGGAUCUUUAUUCAUCAAAAAUAACACCUUAACAGUAAAAGAGAACAAAACAGUUGAAAUUGUUUGUGAAGCCUUAGGAUGGGCUCCAGCUCCAGACAUUACCUGGAUGGCAAAUGACUCCUUCAUUGAUAAGUCGAGGUAUGCUACCCAGCAAAGUCAAGGAUCUAAUGGCCUCCACAAUGCUCUGAGCACCCUAACUUUGACUCCGACGGACACUGAGAUUUUGACUUGUUUAGCUGACAUAGAAGCACUCCCUAACCCUCAGAAUGCAUCUGUAACUCUUAUUUUUGUCAAUUCUGCUUUAGAAAAUAAUUACAGUGAAGACAACAGAAGCGCAUGGGUUAUUGUACUUGCAGUUGUGCUUUCAUUUCUUGGUAUUGUUCUUCUGAUCGUUAUUAUCGUGGUUGUUGUACGCUGCUGCUGCCUAAAGAAGAAAGGUUCUACAUAUCAAAAUGAAAUAAGAAAAGUUUCAGCUGAGAAGAACAAAGAUGGUGAUUUGGAAAACAGGCAAAGGCAUGGUAGUGAAAAUCCGGGAUAUAUUCCAGAAGAACUGUGGAACACAGAACAAAGCCCAAGAAUUGCCUCUCUUCCCCCAGCAUCUUCAAAGCUCGCUGUCCCUGCUGCAGAUUUACAUAGCAAUUCUUCACAAAAGGUGGCACCUCAAAGACGUACUAAUUAUCUGAUCAGCCCAAAGAAAAUUAGAAAUGUGACACUUGUUUAGGAUGUACUUCUCCAGGAAAUUUCUACAUCAUUUGUAUUUUGCACAUUUGGAUGGCUUCCUGCAACAAAGAAAGGUUAACACUACUUCUCUCAGUUUAAGCUAUAAGUUAUUUUUCUAUUUUUUCCUCAUAUAAUGAAAUGGAAUUGCAACCUUUAUAAUGUAGCAUAUGGUAUCUCA